AUGGAACCAUCGGAGAAUUGUUCCGUUAAAGUCGCUCUUCACAUUCGUCCACUCAUUGCCGAUGAACGUCAACAAGGUUGCACUCAAUGUGUUUCUGUUAACCCUGGAAAGCCUCAGGUUCAAAUAGGGUCUCAUUCCUUUACAUUUGAUCAUGUUUAUGGAAAUGGUGGAUCUCCUUCAUCUGAAAUGUUUGCGGAAUGCGUUGCUCCAUUGGUUGAUGGCUUAUUUCAAGGAUACAAUGCUACUGUGCUUGCUUAUGGUCAGACAGGAUCCGGGAAAACGUAUACCAUGGGAACUGCCUGCAAUGACAAUACUGGGAUUGGAUUGAUUCCUCAGGUUAUGAAUGCCUUGUUCAACAAGAUUGAAACUCUAAAGCAGCAAACGGAAUUUCAGUUGCAUGUUUCCUUCAUUGAGAUUUUGAAGGAAGAGGUAAGGGACUUGUUGGAUAUGGUAUCUAUGGGAAAAUCAGAUAACUCUAACUCUAAUGGCCAUUCUGGAAAAGUAACUAUUCCUGGGAAACCACCGAUACAAAUUCGCGAAUCAUCAAGUGGAGUAAUAACACUGGCAGGGUCAACUGAAGUUUCUGUAAGUACAUUACAGGAGAUGGCUUCUUACUUGGAACAAGGUUCAUUAAAUAGAGCAACAGGAAGUACAAACAUGAACAACCAAUCCAGUCGGUCACAUGCCAUCUUCACAAUCACGUUAGAACAGAUGCGCAAACUCCAUUCAUUUUCUUCCAGCAAUGACACUUCGGAUGAGGAUAUGGGAGAAGAAUACCUUUCAGCAAAGCUCCAUUUGGUAGAUCUAGCUGGAUCAGAGCGAGCUAAAAGAACUGGGUCUGAUGGUCUUCGUUUAAAAGAAGGUAUACACAUCAAUAGAGGUCUUCUUGCACUUGGUAAUGUCAUAAGUGCACUGGGGGAUGAGAAAAAGCGAAAGGAGGGAGUACAUGUCCCCUAUCGCGAUAGCAAACUCACUCGACUUUUACAGGAUUCACUUGGAGGAAACAGCAAAACUGUCAUGAUAGCUUGCAUUAGCCCCGCUGACAUCAAUACUGAGGAAACUCUUAAUACCCUUAAGUAUGCAAACCGAGCACGUAACAUUCAAAAUAAGCCUGUUGCUAAUCGAGAUUUGAUAUCCAAUGAGAUGCAGCAAAUGCGCCAGCAGUUAAAGUACUUACAGGCUGAGCUCUGUUCUCGAGGAGGAGGUUCAGUUGACGAAGUGCUGGUUCUUAAAGAAAAGAUUGCUUGGCUUGAGGAAACUAAUGAGGAACUCUGUCGAGAACUUCAUAAAUAUCGCAGUAGAUCUUCUUUAGCAGAAAGAUGUGAUAUUCACGAAACAGAUGGACAUAUUUAUCUCAUGAAAAAUAACAGGCUUGAGAGGAGCUUUACAAGCUCAGAGUUAUCCGACCAUCUACUCGCAGGAAGCAUGUCAGGCGAGGAUUCAAAGGAAGCUGAUGAAGUAGAAAAAGAAUUGGAGCAUACAUUACUGCUAAAUACCAUGGAUAAGGAGAUGCACGAGUUAAAUAAGCAAUUGGAGCAGAAAGAGACGGAGAUGAAGCUCGUGGGAGUUGAUACUGAAGCACUCAGGCAGCACUUUGGAAAGAAAAUGAUGGAACUCGAGGAAGAGAAAAGAAAAGUGCAGCAAGAAAGGGAUCAGUUAUUGCAUGAAGUAGAGAAUCUUGCAGUUAAUUCAAAUGGACUGGCACAUAAAACACAUGAUGUUCGUGGCCAAAAAUUGAAAGCAUUGGAAGCACAGAUUUUAGAGCUCAAGAAGAAACAAGAAAACCAGGUGCAGCUACUAAAGCAAAAGGAAAAGAGUGAAGAAGCUGCCAAAAGACUGCAAGCCGAGAUACAGUAUAUCAAGGCUCAAAAGGUUCAGUUACAGCAUAAAAUAAAACAAGAGGCAGAACAAUUUCGACAAUGGAAAGCUUCCCGUGAAAAGGAGCUACUCCAGUUAAAAAAGGAGGGAAGAAGGAAUGAGUAUGAAAGGCAUAAACUGGAGGCUCUAAAUCAACGCCAGAAAAUGGUUCUUCAUAGAAAGACAGAGGAAGCAACAAUGGCUACCAAAAGGCUAAAGGGAUUGUUGGAAGCUCGCAAAGCUUCUCCGCGUGACCAUUCUGUUUAUUCAAAUGGACAUCUACAGCCUGGGCAGAUUAAUGAAAAAUCCAUCCAGAGGUGGCUUGACCAGGAGCUGGAGGUAAUGGUACGUGUGCAUGAAGUCCGUGCUGAAUUCGAUGAACAAAACCAAGUUCAUGCUGCACUGGAAGGAGAAUUGGCUUUCCUGAAACAAGUGGAUCAGUUUUCAGAUAGGCAGAGUAUCCCCACAGGAAACAGUCGAUAUUCAAGACUGUUAUCCAUGUCACCAGAUGCAAAAGCUGCGAGAAUAACUUCUCUAGAGAACAUGCUGAGCACGUCUUCAGCGGCUUUGAAAGCCAUGACUUCACAACUCACCGAGGCAGAAGAAAGGGAACGUGCAUUAAAUAACCGUGGACGUUGGAAUCAGUUACGCUCAAUGGGAGAGGCAAAAAAUGUGCUUCCGUAUUUGUUCAAUGCUACUGCAGAAGCAAGGUGUCAAUUGUGGGAAAAGAAUAUGGAACUGAAGGACUUAAAAGAGCAACUUAAUGAGCUUUUAACACUACUACAACAAAGUGAAGCACAGAGAAAGGAACUUGAAAAAGAGAAAGCGAUUGGUGAACAAGCAGUUGCCAUCACAUUGCAUACACCACCGUCGGAAAGCUCACGGUCCUUGAAACACCUUGCGGAUGAAAUGAGUGGUCCGUUGUCCCCAAUGUCGCUUCCAGCGCCAAAACAACUCAAAUUCACCCCUGGAGUUGUUAACGGGUCAGUGAGGGAGUCAGUAACAUUUAUAGAUGACGGACGGAAGAUGAUACCUAUUGGAGAGUUGUCAAUGAAGAGACUAGCAGCUAUAGGACAAGCCGGAAAACUUUGGAGGUGGAAGAGAAGUCAUCAUCAAUGGCUGCUACAGUUUAAAUGGAAGUGGCAGAAGCCCUGGAAACUCUCAGAAUUGAUCAAACACAGUGAUGAAACAAUCAUGAAAUCAAGGCCUCGAGCACAAGCUUUGAUUAAUGUGGCGUGA